AUGGGAUUGCGAAGUUACUUCAAGGCGGAUGCCAAAGCAGACCCUAAGCAGGCAGAGCAGGCCAACCAACCGAUACCACUUUCAGAUACUUACAAUGCCUUCCAUCCGCCUACGGAGAAGCCACCUACCGCUCCACCUAAUGGCUCGUUCGGACAGGAGAGGGGAUCUGGGUCUAACUCGCCUUAUUCCAGGCCCAUGUCAAGGCAGUCGAUGUCCUCACAGAAGUCACAGAGGUCUUCCAUGAUGGACGAGAUCCGGCACGAGGUCAUGGUCAACUACCUCUUCCAGCAGCAGUGUGCCACCAUGUGGAUCGAAGACAUGACCGGAGCUCGUGAGGGAGUGAUCCUCCGGAAAGAGAGGGCACAAUACCUGGCCUGUCCGCCAGCGUUGCUGCAGUCCACCUUUGCAAGAGGUGUGAUGGCGCACAACCUCCCCUCUGCCAUGACCAUCAACAGUAGAGUCGUCAAGAUCCUCCUGGCCAGUUCGCCAGAUGCCUCCGACAUCCCUCUCAAGAACGGCCUCCGUGUCCAGGUCCUGCCGAACAUGGAUGUGCUGCCAUACGCCCGCAAAGCUCAGUCAGCAGCUUUCAUCGCCGCCGAGGGCCUGUUGGUGGUGUGGGAUGAUGACGCCACCAAGCUCAUGGAGCGCGGCCGAGCGAUCGAAGCCGAGUUGAUGGACCUGGUGUGGAAGGCCGCCGACCCCAUGAAGGAGGACGAGAGUGCUGCUGGCGAAGGUAAUGAGAAAAAACCGCCGCGUGUGACCGCCAUAGAGGUCGACGAUGAAAGCGGUGAAGUCUUGCCUGAGAAGAGGCCCACCCACCUCAUGAACACCAUCCUUGUGGCUUUCACCUUGACUCUGAUCACGGUCAUGCUCGGCGCAGGCUUUCGCCAGAUUGCGCUCGAGAUCAAGGUUGACAAGAAAUAUGCUCGACUGGGCUUCAUUGCUCUGGCUCCCGUCCAGAUCUUCUUCACGCUGUUCUUCGCUCAAGUCUUGAUUGGCUGUAUCGCCCAGCUCUUCGGUCCCGUCAAGCAACUCACCACCAACAGCCGUUUCUACUCUGCAAUGCUUCCUCACCGGCUCUCAACCUACCACGCUCUGCCCCACGUGACCUUCCAGUGCCCUGUGUACAAGGAAGGUCUCCAUUCCGUCAUUGAGCCGACCGUCCGCUCUGUGAAGGCAGCGAUUACGACGUACGAAUUGCAGGGCGGCAGCGCCAAUAUCUUUAUCAAUGACGAUGGCCUUCAGCUCGUUUCCGAGGAAGAACGUCAGGCUCGCAUCGACUUCUACUCGGACAACAACAUUGGCUGGACCGCACGACCGAAGCAUGGCGAGAAUGGUUUCCUUCGGAGAGGCAAGUUCAAGAAGGCCUCCAACAUGAACUACGGCCUCAUGCUGUCAAAUAAAGUCGAAGAGAAGCUUCUCAACGUCCAGCGAUCCGAGUUCUGGACUCAAGCACAGGAGACCGUUGAGUACGAACGCUGCCUUCGUGAGGUUGUCCAGGAAAAUGGCGUAGCCUGGUCCGAGGGCAACAUCCGUGUUGGCGACUACAUCCUGCUUAUCGACUCUGACACCCGUGUACCUGUCGACUGUCUCUUGGAUGCUGUAAGCGAGAUGGAGCAGUCUCCCGACGUCGGCAUCAUGCAGUUCUCUUCCGGCGUCAUGCAAGUAGUUCACGACUUCUUUGAGAACGGCAUCACCUUCUUCACCAACGUCAUCUACACCGCAAUCAAUUACACCGUCAGCAACGGCGACAUCGCACCAUUCGUCGGUCAUAACGCCAUUCUCCGCUGGUCUGCCAUUCAAGAAAUCGGCUACUACGACGAAGACGGAUUUGAAAAGUUCUGGUCCGAACAUCACGUCUCUGAAGACUUCGAGAUGUCGCUCCAGCUCCAGACUCGUGGCUACAUCAUUCGCAUGGCCUCCUGGGCCGGCGACGGCUUCAAGGAAGGCGUGUCGCUGACCGUCUACGACGAACUCGCCCGUUGGGAGAAGUAUGCUUACGGAUGCAACGAGCUGCUCUUCAACCCCAUCUACACUUGGCUCUACAAAGGCCCCUUCACGCCUCUCUUCCGGAAGUUCUUGACUGCCAACAUCCGGCUGACGAGCAAGAUUACAAUCCUCUCGUACAUUGGCACUUACUACGCUAUUGGCGCUGCGUGGAUCCUCACCAUCGCAAACUACUUCGCCAUCGGGUGGUAUAACGGCUACCUCGACAAGUACUACAUCGACUCCUGGAAGGUCUGGUUUUCCAUCGUCAUCGUGUUCAACGGACUAGGCAACUUCUCCCUCGCGACUAUGCGCUACCGCAUCGGCACACGAAGCUGGUUGGGCUCCCUUUUCGAGAAUCUCAAAUGGACGCCUCUGCUCGCCAUCUUCCUCGGCGGACUAUCUCUCCAUCUCUCCGCCGCUCUGCUCUCCCACAUGUUCAGCAUCGACAUGUCUUGGGGUUCGACGAGCAAGGAAGUGGAACAGUCAAACUUCUUCACAGAGAUUCCCAAAAUCCUCAAACGAUUCAAGUUCUCAAUGGCCUUUGCGAUCCUCGGGAUAGUGACCAUGGUGGUGAUGGCGACUGCAUCUUUCGUACCAUGGAACUGGAGAAUCGACGGCUUCAUCGCGAUCCUGCCGCUUUCGACGGUGUGCGCGAGCCACUUGCUUCUGCCGAUCGUGCUGAACCCGGCUUUGAUGACUUUCACUUUCUAA